AUGAUAAUUAUUGUGAAAAUAAGAAGGUUACAAGGAAGCGAUGAAGAUAUACAGAUCGAUGAUCAGUGCACAAUAUUAGAACUAAAACAGUUUCUUCAUUGCCGAUUGGGCAUUGAACCCGCACAACAACGGCUGAUUUUUUGUGGACAUGUUCUGGAUGACACUCAGACAAUAUCCGAUUGCAAUAUUAGCGAUAACCAUGUGGUACAUAUGGUUACUAGACCACCACCAUUGCCUGCAGGAAGCGAACCAGAACCAGAUCUGUCUGAAAGUGACAAUGCUCCCAAUCAAGUGCCAGCUGGCCAAUCAAGCUUGGUUUUCGUUACACAUGAAGAACAAGGGUCUAUGUCACCUACUGCAAUACGCUUGAGGAUCCUCAACACAAUUGUCUGUGAAUUAAGAACAAGAUUACUGGAACUAGACUCGGGUUCCGAUAUUGAGGAUAGUCCACAGCCUGUGGCGGAUAACCCUGUGGACGAAUUCGCCCGAUUGAUUGCUGAGGUUCAUAGGCUGGAUAGAAUUUUUGAAUCACAUAGAGAAAAUUACAUAGGCCUCAUUAAUGACUUUCGUGACACCAUUGGGCCCCGCGACGAGAGAAGCAUCCAGGCAAGAAUGCGCUACUCCGAGCAGAUCAAUGGAGUGUUUCAUAAUUUGGCGCACGCGUUUCAUUUGCUAAGUGAUAUUGCUAUGCUGGAAUCACCUCAUGGUACACAGCUGGCUUCAGAAGCGUUCUUACGUCAGGGUCAGACGGCCACCCUCGACACGCAUUCCGGUCGCACUGGGAACAUCGACGGCAAUAUUACCGAGCCGUUUAAUGUGGAAAUUGAUCCCAUUAUGAUCCAGUUACAAAUAGAGACCAGUGAACCUACGAUGGCUCAGAGAAAUGCGGGCAAUCCUCCGCCCGACGUAGAUAUGGAAGAUUUGAACGCGGAUGAAAUGAUGGCCCAGGACGCGUCCUACGCCACCUCACAAGAAUACCUCAGGAGUCUCGAACAGAGGAUGCUAAGCGCUAUGCAACCAGGUUUGAGGAACCCUGCAGCUGCGCUGGACUUCGGAAUGGAGCUGGAUGAUUCGCCAUUAGGCAGUGGUAAUUUGCAGGACUUUCUUGGGCACCCACCAAAUUUGACAGGAAUAGUACAAAACGCGCAAUCACCUAUGAUUGGUAGUGUGCCAUCGGAUUUAAUACAGCAAAUCCUAUCUUCUGUUAUAAGAAACGAAGUAACAGGUGCCAACUGGCAUAAUACCGAUCAGAAUGCGACCGAGCCGGGUCCUAGACCAGAAAAUGUUCAGCCGCCAAGACGGCCAGCUGCAGAUUCACCUGACUCACCAAGGCGCAUCUCGAUUUCAAACAUCGUGUAUGAUCAGGCGACGCCUUGUGAAAGCAGACACACCCGCCGUGCCCUGCAUUUGAGAAGUGGGAUCAAUCCAGCCGAAUUCCCUAUGCAGCAUAAUGAUGCGGCGUCUACCCGGACCUUUUUCACGGUUCAGUCUCUGUAUGACAGGUUUGACAGGAACCCAAGGUCGCCAGAUAAUUUGGUGACAGCAUACUUCUUGCUUUUGAGAGAAGCCGUGGUACCGAGCUCUUUCCGCUACCUCAGCACCCAAGAGGUGCUACAAGUUGGGGAUGUAGUGGUCACCUACUUCAGAGGCCUGUUGCAAAGCGUUCCCUACGAGGAAUCCGUUGAUAGAGUGACUGACAUUAUAAUGUUCAAACAUACCCAAUUUUUUAGACGCAUUCCCCUCAUGGUCUUUGUGUCACCGAGUAUCAAUAUGACCGCGUCUAUACGUGGGGUGUUGUGCCAUCACAUGCCAGCCAUUUUCAAUUUGAUCACCAUAAGGGACCCGAACGAGUUUUGCAGAAGCAUGAGGACUUUGGUGCCACUGUUUUAUCAGGAUUUAUGUAUUGUGCUAUUCUAUUGCGUUGGGGAAUGCAGCGUGGCUUUAGAAACGGUGUUCCGUGCUUAUUUGAUUGAUUGCAUGCGCACUAUGGAUGACACCAACAGAGACUUGCUGUUGAAUAUUGCAUUUUAUUGUAUGUCUGCGGGAGUGUACCGCGCGAGUAUGUCUCCGGACGAGCCCCCGAUUUUCAUCGUUCCCCGCGAACCGCGUGAACGUGAACGUGACGCUACUUGGCAUGGGUCUCCACAACCGUCCACGUCACGGGCGACCGAAAGCAACGUGAACCUCACCCGUGACAUGUAUUCUGGAAAUUUGCCAAGAGCCCGCCCAAUGUGGACCUCCAGGGUACAAAAUAUGAGAAUAAGGUCAGCUGCUCCGCUGGAUGCAAAUAGGCCAACCUGGAAUUCCAGGUCCGAGAUGCCCCAACCGGAAACGGAUUCCGCUAAGCCUCCGGAUACCGCAGCAUCAGUUUCCAAGACGACGUCAGCCUCUGCACCUUUGGAACCAGCUUCCACAUCUGCCCAAGCUUCAGAUCCUUCCGGACCAGCUUCAGCUCCCUCAGCAUCGGUUUCCACUAGUGCACCAAGAUCAGCUCCUUCACGACCUGAUUCCUUGUCGGCACCAGCUACAGCUCCUUCGGCACCAGCUACAGCUCCUUCAGGUCCAGAUUCCACGUCUGCAGCAGACUCAGCUUCUUCAGCACCAGCUUCUACGUCAGCGUCAGCGCCAGAACCAACUGCAGGACCUUCAGGACUACAUUCCACGUAUGUGCCAGCUUCAGCUCCCUCAGCAUCAGCUUCCACGUCAGCGUCAGUAGCCAGGUCUGCAUUAUCUUCAAACUCUUCAGCACUCGUAUCCAGGUCUGAAUCCACUUCAGCUUUCCGAGGGCCUGCUCCGGUGCUACCUAUGUCGUUAGUGCAAUUUGUGUCUCGCAACAUGCCCGACGAUACGGUAUCCUAUUCUUUAGUGAACGAAUCCAAUGUUGACUGGUGGAGUGUAGGGGAAGAUCGGAUGUUAGCUACGGAUGAUACGCGUGACUCUGGCCGUGAUUCGCCCUUGAGUGACGCCUACCAUGUCGGACAUUCUCAGCGGAACCAGGAACCAAGUCUACCUUCUGAUAUCAACUCGUUCGCAGAGUUUGUUUCCCUGGAUCUCGGCGAGAGGGUAGAGGUCGAUGACCGUCUGCUCAAUAUGUUCCUGACGUUUCUCUGCACCAGAAUCGAGGAACGCACUGAGCAGUCACCAGACUAUGAUGGAGAUCGAUUCCUCGCUGUCAGGCUUCUCACUGAUACCACUAUUACGCCACAAGACAGAGAGAGGUAUCGAGAGGAAUUGCGCAAUCGCUACUACUCGGUGCAAUCACAGGAUGGACAAGAAAAGAGAUAG